AUGGAUGAGGGCUCCGAUAAAGCCCCUCGACGGAAGAGGGUUUCUAGGGCAUGCGACCGAUGCCGUAGCAAAAAAGACAAAUGUGACGGUAUUCGCCCUACUUGCUCAGCUUGUCAAGCGUCGGGCCAGACUUGCUCUUACGACCCCCACGCGAAGAAACGAGGUCUACCGGAAGGAUAUGUGCGCGGGUUAGAGAAACUAUGGGCUCUAUCGAUCUGCAAUGUCGACGGCUUCGAAGAUACGAUGUUGGCGAUGCUGGGAUCCACGAUGGAAUCCGCCAAUCGUCGCGGAAAGUUGAUGGCAGUUUGGUCAGAUGAUAAUUCUUCAGAGAGCCUCCAUGAAACAUGGAAAUCGAGUCGACUGUUUGGCGCCUUGGAAAAGAUGUUGUCGAACUCCGAACCCGUUCCCACAGUCCCAGGAAAACGAUCGCGAAACCCGCACGAUGAUAUUCUGGAUGGCCCAGAUGGCCAAUGGGGCUUUCGAGUGGCCCGAGAAUCUACUCCGUUAGGUCCUGGUGCACCCCGAGUGGUUGGGCCCCUGGGAGGACCCUCCCCAGGCGCGAAACGAUCCCGUCUAGCACAGGCCCCGGAGAGUCGCGUUGCACCGCCGGACAGUGGCGCCCAUAAUCUCCAGCUACCACCGCAAACCUCUCAACUACUUGAUAUAUAUUUCGCUACAACUCAUUCUUGGUUGCCCGUUGUCGCCAAACAUAACAUCCUACGUGCCUCAUACCUUUAUGCCAAUGCGCCCUUCUCCGUGGCGACGACUUCUCCCGGAUCCGGAGACCAUGCUGCGUUAUGGGCUAUUUUGAGUUAUACAAUUACACAAUCCCGAACUGAUCCACGAGCGAGUCCGGUUGGAGCCCUGUCUUUGGCUCAGGAGUACUAUACUGUGGCGCGAAAUUUGAUUCCUUCCGAAAAGGAGCGCUACGAACUGGGCCACAUUCAGGCUUUACUUUUACUGACAUUGGUGAAUAUGGGGCUGGAGCACUGGACGGCUGCAUGGUUAUUGAUUGGUCAAGCCGUGCGGAUGGCCAUCGCCAUGGGUUUGGGUACAAUGACUGACACCCGACGCUCCGACGAGUUGAGACAGGGCAAGGCUGUCUACUUGGGAUGCUUCGUGAUUGACUCUCUCCUGUCUUUCCGCCUGUCGCGAUGUCCGGCAAUGUCCUCGAAUGACUUGGCCACCGUGGGUCUAUUGGAGGAGGAUGGAUUAGAAGAAUGGAACUCGUGGGUUGAUGUGCUCCCUCCUACCGGUGUCCCGCAUGGUAAGAACCCACCACGAAGGGGUCCACUGCUGGCCUUGAGUUGCUUCAAUCGGUUAGUCGAGCUAGCCAGCGUUUUGAACAAGACUUCACGAAAUCUGGCGAUGGGAUAUAAGCCGCCUUCGUUUGCUCAGCAAUUGGUGGCGGAUUUGAAGCAAUGGGACGAUGGGUUGCCCCUUGGAUGUCGACUGAUUGGACCCGAGAGCAUUUAUCCGGAAAGACACUCGGCCUUGUUACCACACCAAAGCUACCUUGGACUCACCUAUGUGGCUACAUUGCUUUGGCUGUACUUGCAUCUUAUCCCCGGAGAACAAGGUCUCCACCGAACGCAACGACCCGCAACGGAGGGAGCCAAAAAGCUUCUGUAUCGAGGAUUAUCGAUGAUCGCUCAACACAUGGAGAAUUUCCCCAUGUGUGGACUCCCACCUAUUUUCGAAUUCAGCUUGCGCACGAUUUCCGAGCAAGCGUUCUCACUACGACAGUCAGUUGACUCCGCCGACAACUUCCCCUUUGCACAGUGGGCAGAAGAGUUCCAACAAAAGGCCACAGCGUUGAUCCCGACAUGGCCAGUGUAUGGCUCUCUGGUCUCUUCGAUGGAGCGCUGGCAACAGCCUCUUGAAUACACUGGGCCAUCUCAACCGGUAUUUCAACAGCAGGCCAUUGUGCCUCCUGCCAUGUCUGGUGUUCCACUUGGCGGACCAAUGCAGGCCCGACCUGGUGCACAUGGAAUGCUUCCACAUGACCAAGGCAACUAUGCCUCCUCAAUUCUCGGUAUUAGCAUCCCAGUUGAUGCUCAGUCUAUGACUCCUAAAGAUACCAUCAUGGAAAAUACAGAUUUAUCUAUGAUGGAUGUUUCUCGAGCGCAACCGAUAGAUGCGCACUCGAUUCUUGCCGAUAAAGUAACCCCGCGCAGCGGACCAGAUGCGAUAUACCCUCCCACUGGUGCUCAUCCUCAGCCACACACUCCCGAUUCAUCUACCUCUAAUCCCAUGAUGGCCGGAAAGCCGCCGACCAGCGAUCGACCUGUGCCCUCAACGAGCGACGGUAUGCCGUUCAACCCUGCUGGGAAUGGAGACCUCGAUGCGAUUUUCAAGGAUCUAGCUUAUCUGGACACCACCGAAUGGUCCAACAACCGCGAGGCUGGCCUCAAAGAUUUUGGAUUCCUAGACGAAAGCACCUUCCAAGCAUUUUGUCACGAUCCUGAUCGUCUCGUCAAUACUCAGCCUCUUGUUCACCCACCCUCUAUUGCGGAUAUCUGGCCGCCACCGGGAUUCUUCCCAGAGACAUUUCAAGAAGUUCCUGAAAAGACGAUGAACGGUUGA